GCACAAGCCCACUCCGAAUCACUUGCUUUCGUCGCCAGCGCCGCCUACUUCAUCUCCGGUGAUUGCCUGGUCGGUCUCUCUUACAGUCUUAUUCCUAUCUCUUCUGCUCCAAUUCUUACUUCUGAAUGCCUUCUUGCGCCAUUUACCAUAUCGGCAGUCUCGGUUAUCAAUGACCUUAUACUCUGAAAAAGCGUCUGUUUUAUUUCUCUAUUAUUGCAAGAAUCACCAGAUUAACGCUACGUUAUUUCCUUGUCUGAGAAUCUUUUUUUUAUCCUUUUGAUCAUUUCGUCUUUAAACCUGCAUUUGUCUCCGAUGAUUUCUCUCUUAAGCCAACCUCAGACUUUUUAACGUCUAGGAAGCAGAUGGCAACCCACGAGUUUCUCACUCUUUUCUAUUGAGCUGAAGCUCCUGGAUUAUAUUUUUUCUAACUACAAACUUUACCUUGUUUGAGUUUUGUCAUUUAUAUAGCUAGAUAUGAUACCUCCUUGCUGCAUUACGGCUGACAUUUGAUUGAGUUGAUUUUUCUGAUUAAGUGCUACAAAUUUGGUAGUAGGGAGAUGAAUGAUUGUGAAUAAGGGUCAUAUAAUUUUGUUAUUUCAAACGUUCCUACGCCUUUCAUCCCUCAGGUUAUCAUUUAAUUUAUAUGCCAUUGGCCUCUUGAGUUAGAGUAAUUUGUAAAGGUUGCAAGAACUGCUCGCUUCUAGGAGACUAUCCAUAAUGUGAAGUUAGUAGUUUAAUGAUGAAGUCUGAGCUAAAUGGAUGCCACUUUUAUCAAUGUUAACAUCUAUGUUUUUCAACCUUUGUGGUUGAUGAUGUCGCCUAUUGGAUGACACAGGCUGUUUCUAAGGUCUUGGACAAAACUUGAAACAACUCAGAAAAACACGUGAGGGAAUGUCAUCGUCAUCUUCUAUGGAGUCUCUAGUUCUUAAACUCUUCGAGAUCUCAGCUGUCAAAUUUGGAAACUUCAAACUCAAAUCUGGCAUCUCCUCACCAAUUUAUAUAGACCUUCGCCUCAUCAUAUCCUACCCUUCCCUUCUUCAGCAAAUCUCCCAAAUUCUAAUUUCAUCUGUCUCUUCUGCUUCCUUUGACCUUGUGUGUGGAGUCCCUUACACUGCUCUACCCAUUGCCACUUGUGUCUCAGUCACUAAGAACAUCCCCAUGGUCAUGCGCCGCAAGGAAAUCAAGGAUUAUGGCACUGCUAAAGCCAUUGAGGGUGAAUACAAGCCUGGCCAAAGUUGCUUAAUCAUUGAAGACUUAGUUACGAGCGGCACAUCAGUUUUGGAAACUGCUGCUCCAUUGCGUGGUGCAGGGAUGAAGGUCAGUGAUGCUGUCGUUUUAAUCGAUAGAGAGCAGGGUGGGAGAGAGAAUUUAGAGGAGAAUGGCAUCAAGCUGCAUGCAAUUAUAAGACUGACUGAAAUGGUCAAAAUUUUGAGGGAAAAGGGAAAGCUUGAUGAUGAGAUUGUUGGGACUGUUAUGAAAUUUUUAGAAGAGAAUCGAAAGGUUACUGCUUUGGCAAAGGUGGAGAAGCCUACUACUAGGGUCAGGGCUUUGUCAUUUGAGGAGAGGGCAAAGCUGUCAAAGAAUCCAACAGGCAAGAGGCUGUUUGAUAUAAUGGCUAAGAAGGAGAGUAACUUGUGUUUGGCUGCAGAUGUUGGAACUGCAGCAGAGUUGCUUGAAAUUGCUGAGAAGGUUGGGCCUGAGAUAUGCCUGCUGAAAACUCAUGUGGACAUUUUGCCAGAUUUUACUCCUGAUUUUGGCUCUAAGCUCCGCUCGAUUGCAGAAAAAUUUAACUUCUUAAUCUUUGAGGAUCGGAAAUUUGCUGACAUUGGUAACACAGUAACAAUGCAGUAUGAAGGAGGAAUCUUCCAUAUAUUGGAUUGGGCUGAUAUAGUAAAUGCCCACGUUAUCUCUGGUCCUGGAAUUGUGGAUGGAUUGAAACUGAAGGGUUUGCCACGUGGCAGGGGUCUCUUGCUGCUUGCUGAAAUGAGUUCUGCUGGUAACCUUGCCAAGGGAGAUUAUACUGCUGCUGCAGUGAAAAUUGCUGAGGAUCACUCUGAUUUUGUUAUUGGCUUCAUCUCAGUCAAUCCAGCGUCAUGGCCUGGGGCACCCAUAAAUCCUUCUUUCAUUCAGGCAACUCCUGGUGUUCAAAUGGUGACUGGUGGUGAUGCUUUGGGACAACGAUAUAACACUCCAUACUCUGUGAUCUAUGACAGGGGAAGUGACAUCAUAAUAGUGGGACGUGGCAUUAUCAAAGCAGCCAAUCCAGCUGAAACAGCUCGUGAAUACCGUCUUCAAGGAUGGAAUGCAUAUUUGGCCAAGUGCACUUGAAGCCUCUGUUCAAAUAUUUUUAAUUGGAUGAGUCAAAUCUCCGUUUUUGUGACAUGUUUCAUUUCACUAGAAACCCUCGAGGAAGCUCUUGGGUGAAAUAUGAUAUGCAAUAAUACUGUUGGGUUAAGUUUUUAUGUGUGACCCUUUUGUUUUCAUGCUGAUAGAUGGACAGAUCAUCUAUUCAUGGUGGUUAAUGAUUUUCAAGUUUUCAUUAUUA